AUGGCGUUCGCUAACGGCUCGUUCAACAUCGCCAUUGACCUCACUCUGUUCGUUCUUCCAGUUACCCAAUUCAUCAAUGUCUCGUGGACGAAGAGGAAAAAGUUCGGGGUCAGCUUGAUAUUCUUGGUUGGACUAUUUGUCACUGUGUCGAGCUGCAUCCGACUGGCAUCUCUGACCAGGUUUGCCGGAACACACAAUCCAACAUUCGACUUCAAGAACCUCUCGAUAUGGUCAUUGGUGGAGAUGCACCUCAGCGUUAUUUGCGCAUGCAUGCCGGGGAUGACGGCCUUCAUCCGGCGCAUCAAGCCGCGUAUGCCGUGCUGCAACGCGGAAGUGCCUGAAGAAAUCAGAAACAAGCCCAGGACCGGUCACGGGGUCAUGCGCCGGAUUCGAGAGACCUUUACUCGCAUUACGGAAGCAGCAAGAGGAAGCGGCAACGGGUCGGCAUGGAAUAGGUCUAAGAAGACCACGACAAGCACAAUGACGGGAACCCAGUUGAGCACCUUUGACAGGGAAGCACCUGAAUACCGUGAUUACCUCGCUUAUGCGUCGUAUAUUGAUAAUGGAACCAAAGCAACCCAGACUGGUAGUCCGCGGAGCGAACGAGAGCAAGGGGGUGGCUCUGUUGUUCGGGAGAUAUCACAUUCAACGCCGUAG